UAACUAAAAUAUCUAAAAACAUUUUUUACCGUUAUAACCUCAAUAUCUCACAUUUAGUAAAAUGUCCCAAAAACUAUCAUCUGAAUGUUUCAGAAGCGCAUUUAAAGUAGUGGACAAAGACUUAUUAAGAUGGUUUCCAGGGCACAUGGGAAAAGGUUUAAAGCAGAUGCAACAAAAAUUAAAAUCAGUUGACUGUAUAGUCGAAGUACAUGAUGCUCGAAUACCAAUAUCUGGAAAAAAUACCGAUUUUAAACAAACUGUGAGCGGAAUUAAGCCUCACAUCUUGGUACUGAAUAAGGAGGAUUUGAUAGAGAAGAAAUACAAGGACAGAAUAGUAAAUAAAUUGAAGAAUGAGUAUGAAAAUGUUGUUUUUACGAACUGUAAGAAUGAGAGGUGUAAAGGGGUGGCAAAAAUAUUUCCAUUAGCGAAAGAGUUGAUAAAAAAUGCUGAUAGAUAUAAUAGAACAGGAGCUGAUGAUUAUUGUAUGAUGAUUAUUGGUGUACCAAAUGUAGGAAAAUCUUCAUUGAUUAAUAUGCUACGAAUCCAAAAUUUGCAUAAGGGUAAAGCUAGUCCUGUAGGAGCGCAACCUGGUAUUACAAAAAGCGUAAUGCAUAAAAUAAAAAUGUCCGAAAAUCCAUUAUUUUACAUGUUAGAUACACCUGGAAUUCUUACACCAAACAUAACAAACAUAGAAUCAGGUCUAAAGCUGGCGCUAUGUGCCACAAUACAGGAUCAUUUUGUAGGGGAAAGAAUUAUAGUUGAUUAUUUAUUAUACUGGUUAAAUAGUCAUCAAUAUUUUAGUUAUGUCGAUUAUUUUAAACUUGAAAAACCCUCAGACAAUAUUUUAGAAGUUCUUAGUCAUAUUAGUGUAACACAUAAUAGAAUGUUAAAAAUAAGAAAUCAUUUAAAUGAAUAUGUGAUGAAACCAAAUUUUGAUGCAGCUGCCCAAAUUAUGAUAAAGACUUUUAGAUCCGGAAGUUUAGGAAAAUACAUUUUAGACGAAAAAUUAUUAUAAUUUUUAUUGUAAAUAUAUUUUACCAAUAAUUUUAUUUUUA